GCGCGGGGCUCCCGCGGCGCGGGCGGGCGGGCGGCGCCCGCGUCUGGGACCGGCGGCUGGACGCGCUCAACGAGGCGGCCGCGGCAGGCGACGUGGGAACGGCCUCGGCGGUGUUCGGGGAGCUGGACGGGCUGCUGCCGGCCAGCAUGCAGACGCUGCUGUGGAACACGCUGCUGAAGGCCCACGCUAACGCCGGGGACUACGAGGGAGCCAUGGCCCGCUUCGCGCCAUGGGCGAACGCAGCGUGCGCGUGAACUCGAGGACCUUCGGGAAGCUCAUCAAGUCCGCCGCGCGCUCCGGCCGCGCGCGCGCGGCAUUCGAGCUGCUGCGCCGGCUGCUGGACGCCCCCGGCCUGGGCGGCGCCGACGCCGUGGCGUACAGCACCGUCAUCGACGCGUGCGCGAAGGCGGGCCUGCCGGAGCAGGCGGAGGAGUGCCUGGGUCAGAUGGCGGCCGCCCUUCUGCGCCCCGACGCCGCGGCCUACGGGGCCGUGAUCGAUGGCCACGCGCGGCAGGGCGACGCGCCGCAGGCCGCCCUGUGGCUGGAGCGCAUGGCCGCCGCGCGCAUCGCGCCCGACUGCGCGGCGUACACCGCGGUGAUCGACGGCUGGGCCAGGCGCGGCGCGGCCCAGGAGGCGGCCGAGUGGCUUCAGAGGAUGGCCGCCGCGCGCGUGGCGCCCACCGCGGCCUCCUACACCGCCGCCGCGACGGGCCUCGGGCGAGCGUGGCUCCACGUGUGGUGCCAUGGCGUCCUGGAGCUCCCACAUAGCCUGCUGGACGCCACCCUCCUUCACCCGGUCUCGGAGCUCACCGAGACCUCAGCUGCCAGGUCUCUGAUCCCAGACAGGGACCCGGGCGCGGUGGGGCCGCUCGCCGCCGGCGGGGACGGCGAGGUCCACGAGGGCGCGAGGCAGCGCCGCGGGCGCACGGCGCUGCACGAGGCGCUCACGGCGAACGACAGCGCCGCCGCCGCGCGCCUCAUCGAGGCGGGCGGGCUCGCGAUGCUGAACCAGCCCAGCGCCGCUGGCUGCACCCCGCUGAUGCUGCUGGCGAUGGGCCACUGCGACGAGGCCCUCCUCUGGCGCCUCCUCGAGCGCAGCGGCGCCGCAAGCGUGGCCGAGCGCUCCGAGACGCGGCGCACCGCGGCCGACUACGCCGCGGAACGCGAGAGCAGCAGGGGGCCGGAGGUGGUCGCGGCCCUGCGCGCCCUCGAGGCCGCGGAGGUCCAGCGCACGGCCGCGGUCCGCUGCCCGGCCUGCGGCGACGUGGUGCGGCGGCGGCCGCUGCUGGCGUUCUUCUGGGAGCGCGCGUCCCGGGGCACAGAGGACAACCCGCUGCUGCAGCGCUUCUUCUCCCAGGACAGGCACCGCCUGCUCCUCGAGGCGCGGUGCCACCAGAUCAACGACACCCGCAGGGUCCGCAAGGAGGUGUCCGAGUCCAUGGCCGUGCUCGAGGCGCUGGAGCGCACGGCGCCGGCCGUCGGCGGCGGCUGGCACAUCGUCGACCUCUGCUGCGGCAGGUCCAUCACGGCCGUCCUCGCGGCGCUGCGGUACCCUGGUGUGGUUGUGUCGGCCGUGGACAAGUUGGAUCCGCGGUUCCUGCCCCACUGCACCGUCGGCGUGGAGAGUGGCGCGGAUGGCUGCGCGAGCUACGCACAGAUGGACGUGCUGGCCCCGACCUUCGUCGCCGACCUCGGGCGGCUGGUGGAGCAGACCGCCCGGCCGGCCGCAUCAACCCCCCAUGGCAUGGCCGCCCGGCCCUUUCCCCUCCGGCCGUUGCUCGGCAUGCACCUGUGCGGCAAGCUGUCCCUGCAGGCCGCCGCUGCCUUCGGGAGCAUUGACGCCCUGCGCGUGGCCGUGCUCUCGCCGUGCUGCCUGCCCAGCAAGGCGGACCCCGCCGCGCCGCCGAGCCUCUUCGGCUCCCGGGACGGCGGCGAGCAGUACCGGCGCUGGGCGGCGCACCUCGAGGGCGCGGUGCGGGGCGCCGCCCCGGCCGCCGCGGUGACGAGCGAGGUCGUGGCGGACAUCCUCUCCCCCAGGAACGUCGUCAUCUGCGCGUCGAAGCUGUUUGCACAGCAGCUGUGGCCUCGCGUCCCUCGCCAUUCGGUCGUCGCGGUCGGGUAG